UAACAGGGGCGCGAUUUGACGGUCUCAAGCUAAGUAUUCUUCAUUCUUUCGCUCUGCGUUUCCAACUCGUCUCGUCUACUUACUGAACGCCUGUAAUAAGCUAGGAUUGAAUUCAAACAAGAGCGAAAUUGCUCUUCACGAGAUUCAAAUUCAUACUGAUUCAGAUUUGCAGAGAAUUGCUGCUUUUUUUGUUUGUUGUUUUUUUUAGCAGAGUUACAUUAUCACAGCCGUGAAGGAGCAUCGUGUGCCAUAACUGAUGAGGAAGGAACGACAGACAUUUUUUCUUGGUGCACGCAAUAUUCAGUAUCGAAGGUGUUACAUCAUCAUGGGCUAGAAAACUUGAAUUGUUGCCAACCUCAUCAGUUCCUGAGUUCACCUAUCCGUGAGGAAAAUCGUGUAAAAAACGAAAGGUGAUAAAUGAGUAGAUAGAAAUAUGAGGGGAAACCCCUCGGCAACGGGGAAACCCCCUUGGUGUGGUGGGAACCUAUCCGCGGCUUUGAGGUGAAAGUGAAACAUAGGAAACCUCAUUAAACAUUUAUUUCGAAAACGAAACCUCAGGUAAAUAUAUUUUAUCUUUUAACCAGCUGCUAAUUAUAUAAAAUAUUAAAAGUUUAAUGCUUUGUGUCCCUCUAAAAAGCCUUUUAUAGGGAAAUCCGUUUUUUCUUUUCCUUGGUAAAGACGAUUGACUUUAAUUUUUGUUUGGUCAAUCCAUAACAAGUUCAUUGUCGAAAAGAAACAAAUUAAUUUGUAUCCGAAGAAUGGAAAUUGGUUCCGUAAACAAACAUACGACACCAGAAAGGGAGAGAUUAAAUUUGUUCGUGAAAACCCACUUUCAUAACAUUCCUGACGUGUCUAACCUUCGCAGUCGUCAUUCUUGUCACGCGACGUGAAACACGACAAUGUAAAUCACACCAUUUUCAAAAUGGAGAAACAUGCACUUCCUUAAAAAACUUGCUGCGCGAAGCUUUUUGCAUGUCAUGGCAAAACCUUGAAAGAUCCUAUGAUUUUGACUCUAUAAUUGGAUCGAAUUACUUCCCUCCCUCGCGGCAGUUUCCGCCCGAGAGUGAAAGUCUAGUGUCCAUCGAUCAAUCCUUAUCUGCUCAAAAGGACAAAUCCAAUUAGUACGAAUAUUGGUGAAGAAAUAUUUCUUAUGGCUGAGGAGGUCUCGACCAAUUCUCGUUGGUCUAGGUAAAUUUUUUUUAUGUUAUUUCGCUAUAUGUUAUGUCUUAUUCUUUAAUGAACCUAUCGCAAACUUUUAUUUUGAUCAUUUGGGAAGAAAGCGCGACAGAUACGUAGGUAAAGCGCGCCUCACCAGGUAUUCGUCUCAGUCUGUUUUGAUUUGUAUCACUCUGUAACGCGCUGAAACGAGUGACCUUUGACAUUUUUGAUGUUUCAACAAACAUCACCUUGAAGGUUUUCACGAGGUAUGCGAUCAUAAGCUUACCGGCGAAGCGGAACAAGGAAAUAAAGCGCGGCGGUGAUGUGCAAUCGACUCCUUUACGGGACCUGGUUAAUUCCAAGAUAAACCAUCUGCCUAUUUCUCAACUGAACAACCACGGCUCUUGGUUAUCGGUUCCUUCAGGUUUGAAGACAUCAUUGCAUACCGAAUAGAAGAGACAGCUGAUAUCUCUGAGCAUACCUAAAUCGUAACCGAAAUUCAGAGAUGGAUUGUUUCAUCGACGCGAUCGAUGCAAAACAUCAGUUAACCGAGUCCGUCAUCCAUACACUGCGACUGCCUGAGAAAAUUGGAGACAAGUGGAAGGACUUAGCAAGAAAACUGGGCUACAUUGAAUCCGUCGUUAAUGCAAUUCAAACUGAGGAAAAUAACAUUCCAAAGGAAUGUUGCAUCACUGUGCUUGUACGAUGGAUGGAACGAGAAGCAGAGGGUGCCACUGUCGAAAGGCUUGCACAAGUUUUAACGGAAAUAGAACUGAAGAAUCUCUCCCGAUUACUAAAAGAUUACGCAUUGGGUGGCGAAGUGGAUGUAGUUGGAUCAGACGAUCGAGGCCAAGUUGACAAAUUGCAGAAGAAAAUAAUUGAAAUACAAGCAAACGCGAAGCAAUUGGAGGAGGAGGGUUCCAAAGUGAAGGCAAAAAUGAAAGAAUUAGAAGAAAAACUUGCAGUGAUGACACAGGAAAAGCAAACCUUUGAAGAAAGAUGCCAGAAAUUGCAAGAGGUAAACUCAGAACUGGUAAAAGAACUGCGAGAUGUCAAACAGCAGAUCCAAGCCGGGAGUUCUAAACAGGAUGUCAAAACUGGUUUGGAUUCACCACGAGAGGAGGAAUCAGAAAACACCAGAGAUGAGACUACAGAACAAGGGAUCGUUGUUCAGCUAAGGCUUCUCAAUGAACAACUCAUCGAGCGCGUGAUAUCUCCGCUGCAAGUUUCAGAAGUAAAAGAGGACAAACUUAAGACUUCUGUCAUGAUAGACCUACUGAUCAGACUGAGUAUGACGCUGCAAGAGUUAUACAGCACCACUCUGUCCAUGGUUACCAAGUCCUGCAAAUGCAGCGAGGAUGUGAAACGCGAAUUUUAUGACUUCGCGUAUCAUGGUCUUCGAGCUGAGCACAACGAUUUGAUACACCGGGUGGAGGAGUUAACAUCAGUCGAAAAAGAAAUGACAGGCGAGGAGCAAAGCGAACUUUCUAAACUGAGAGAGCUCCAGAGUAACCGACAAAGGCUGGUUAAUAGAUUGGAGAAUCUGUGGAGAGGUCUGUUCUCACCGUAUGAGAGUCGUCCAAAAGUAACAUGCUCUGAACCCUAUGGAGCAAGUGGAUGUUCUGCUGACUCUGAAAAGAACUUGCAACGAUACCAUUCAUAUCCACGUGAACAGAACACAAGCACAACGGCAGCUACAACAAGCGACGACGAAACACAUGAAGGGUGUAUCCCAAAUCCAUUCAAGGGGACAAAGUUGAAGAACCCUUUCAAAAGAAUAGGAAGUCAACAUAACUCAUGUCGCCUGGUGUCCUACUCUGUCAAAGACCCCCAGGGGUUCCGUUUAAAUUGAACGAGUAGUUAACAAAAAUUUAACCAGCUAGUCAUCGCUUACAAAGUCUUAUUGUAGCAGUUCCUAGAUCUUAGAGGAGAGCUAAAAUGGCGUAGAUAUACGUAGUUAUCGUAUUUUAGCCAGAGUAGGUUUAAACAUGAUGAAGAUUCUCGCAACAAACACAUCCUGUCGAGAAAUGAGGACUUAGAAGCACACGGGAUAACCUGGACACGACUUCCGUUGCCUGAGCUAUCGAGCGCAUCAGGAAAACUGGGUCGAACUCUUUAAGUCGAGGACUAUUUUGCAACAAAUUCCCAUCUCUCAAAAAGAGAAACUUCUAGCAGGAAAUUAUCACCAGCCAAAUCAAACGCGGGUAACUUCUCCAGAGCCCCGUUUUCACUUUUAACAGGCAGUGACGCUUCCACUCUUUAUGCGCUUACUUUUGUCAAAGUUAUCUUUCCCAUUCUACAAUACAUUACAAUAUUCUUUAUUUAACGAAGGUGACGUAAUUAACCCAAUGAGUUAUACGGCCUUCACAGCAGUACAAAGACGUAAUGACUGAUCAGCAAAACGACUUACUACGAGAGAAACUAAAACUAGAAAUUGUAUGGUUUAACACUGAUACCUUGAUUCUCUUCAGCUUCUGGCUGACGCGCGGAACAUAUCUUUAGUCAAAAGCAUCAAUGCAUGGUAUGAAAGGAGGCUAAUUCCAUAUUUGAAGAAUCUAUCAAUUAAAAUUUUUGCCAUUUUGAAAUUUCAAUUAGUUUUUCAUAGAUAGCACGUGAACUUUACAAGAUUUGUAGAUCAUCGAAUUGUCUGAACUGAAAAUUUAGGCUUUUAUAACAGUUGUAGAUAAAUACAUAUUUGUAAAAGUUAAAAGGUAUCCUUUUUUCGGGAUCCAUUGAAUUCACGCGUAAGAAUAAUAUACUUGUAAUAUACUUAUGGGACUUUCAAAUGUGAAAACAUUGUAAAUUGUAUAUAAUAUCCAUUAUUUUAACAACCCUGCGUUUUGGCUUAUUUAUCGCUACAGCAUGAGAUCAUCUACUCCAAUGAAACCUUGAAAAUAGCACAUUAGGUAUAUCGAUAAAAUAUGUUUGCUCUGAA